CGCCGGACACCCGCUGGAAAUGAGGAAUGGAUUUACCGGCGCUAUUAACGUGUUCGUAACAGAUUCCAGCAAUGAACAAUGACCAUAGUUGACAGAUCUUCGGAAAAGUCUGGCCACGAGUCAGUCGGGUGUAACCGAUCUCCCUUCACCAGUGGAGACGCGGGGAUGGACGGCAGCUGUUCCAGCAGCUGGGGGGCGGGUGACUCUCCUCGGCUGAAGGUUCCAGGAGGCUGCCUGGGCCCGACACCUGGUGCGGCCUUCUACCAUAGUUCUCUCUCAUCUGGGGACCGGCCGAAGGAGCAAGUGAUCAGCAGUGGUGAUGGCAUUGAGUUGCCGCAGAAGGUCCUCUUCCCUCCAGACCGCCUCAUCCUGAAGUGGACCCAGGUUCACCGUAUCGGUGCCGGCCUGCAGAACAUGGGGAACACAUGCUUCCUCAACUCAGCGCUGCAGUGUCUCACCUACACGCCUCCAUUUGCUAACUACUUGCUGACAGGCGAGCACGCUAAAACAUGUCACGAGGCGGGGUUCUGUAUGAUGUGUUCCAUGCAAAACCACAUCAUUCAGGUCUUUGCCAACUCUGGGAAUGUCAUCAAGCCCAUUGGUGUGCUUAAUCAGCUCAAAAGGAUAGCAAAGCACUUCCGCUAUGGAAGCCAAGAGGAUGCCCAUGAAUUCCUGCGGUACACAGUGGAUGCUAUGCAAAAGUCCUGCUUACCUGGAACCAAAUUGGACAGGCAGACACAGGCAACUUCUUUCAUCCAUCAAGUAUUUGGCGGGUAUCUAAGGUCCAGAGUUAAAUGUUUAAACUGCAACGCAGUCUCAGAUACAUUUGACCCCUUUUUAGACAUCACUCUGGAAAUUAAGAUGGCUUCAAGCGUCUCAAAGGCUCUGGAGCAGUUUGUUAAGCCGGAGCAGCUGGAUGGAGAAAACUCCUACAAAUGCACCAAGUGCAAAAAAAUGGUCACAGCCUCGAAGAGAUUUAGCAUCCACCGCAACUCCACCGUGCUCACCCUCUCACUCAAACGCUUUGCAAACUUCAGUGGAGGCAAAAUUACAAAGGAUAUAAAAUAUCCAGAGUACCUGGACCUGCGACCGUUCAUGUCUCAGACUCAAGGAGAGUCCCAACUCUACGGCCUGUACGCUGUGCUGGUCCACUCUGGAUACAGCUGUCACGCUGGACACUACCUCUGCUAUAUUAAGGCGAGCAAUGGUCAGUGGUAUCAGAUGAACGACUCCUCUGUGUCCGUCAGCGACAUCAGUACUGUUCUGAACCAGCAGGCCUAUGUCCUGUUCUACAUAAAGUCCAGUGAUGGGAAAAAAACAGCUGACUACAGUCACAUGAACCACAACCCUGGAAUCCCUGGUCAGUCGUCACCUCGCCCGGUGGUGAUAUCACGCAUCAACAACACCGUCCAUCACAACAACAUUGGCUUUAUAGGUCCCCAGCUGCCCCCACACAUGACCAAGAGCACUCUCUACGUCAAUGGGAAUGGAUCUCUGAGGGACUCUCCCACAAGCUCCAAGCCCAGCACCAGCAGUAGUGUUGGAAAACCUAACCAUGGACUGGCCUCUUCCUCUUCCUCUUCCUCGCACUCAAUCAGCCGGCCCACAAUGAUCCCAGACCAUGACAAACGUCAGAAGCUUUCAUUUUGCAUUGGACAAAGCAAGCAGAACCGCCCAUCCUCCUCCUCCGCCUCAUCCUCUUGCAGCCAGCCUUCCUCUGCCAGCGGCUCCUCUGCCAGCGGCUCCUCUGCCAGCGGCUCCUCCUCCAGCUCUCUAUCCUCCUCACAGUCUACCUCAGACAUCCACUCAGACGUUCGGUUCAUUCCACGUAAGCUUCACAACCUUAACGGCAUGUCUUGCCAUAACGGCAAUCACCACACUCGAGGUAAUGGAGCAUCGUUCCUGGUGCCGUACGGCCAGGAGUCUUCUGAGGAAUCAGACCAGGAGAACUGUGCCGCUCUGGAUAAUGGCUGCUUAGCUAAGUCUCACCUCAACAGAAACAACGGAACAGGAGGCGUCUUUGAGAAAUCUCCUCAAGCCACAAACAGAGAGUCAGAAGUGCACCAUAAUAGUAACGGGUUAAUGUAUGGCGUCUCUAAAUCAGGCCAAAACGUACAACAUUAUGGACAACACAAAAUGAAUGGACACAACACCUCUGACAAGAUCUCUGGCGGUGAUCCUGGAUCUUUGUCCUCGCUGGCUUCCAUUGCUGCUAAUGGUUUAGAUGGUGACCAUAGUCCAACAAGCAAAGAGACUUAUAAUUUAGCCUCGUCAUCACAGACCUGUUCUUCUCGGAGCAUCCAUCCUGCUGCCAGUGAAAGCCAGCCCCUCCCCUCUCCUCCCAAAAAGCCUAGAUGUGUGUCUGAACCUCUGCCUCAGCAUACAGCACCCUCCACUGUUAGCAUUCCACCUUCAGCUACUGCUACAAACACCCAUUCUGUUGCAUCUGGAGAAUCAGCUUCCUCCUCUGCACAUCACGGCAACCCAGCGGCCUUAUCCACCCCGGCAGACCGCUCCGAGAGCACCAGUGGGGCAUCUGCUGCUCCACAGAAUGUUGGCAUAAGUGGUGAUGAAUCCAAGAAUUUACCACAGAAAAAAGAGCCGACAGCAGGGAUGGAAAGAAGAACAGACGCCAAGGAGCAGCAAAAGUCCAAGCCCAGUUCUAGUGGCAGCGUUGGACAAUAUUCCCAAUCCAGAGACAGGCUGCACUCUGACUGGAGCAGAGAGAGACACUACAGGGACCGGAGCCCAGCUCGGGAGAGUUACAGUGAUCGGCACCGGCAUAGACAGGACUACCGAGAUCAUCGCCGCGAUCAUCGCUUGCACAGUGAUCAUUUGUCUCCUCACGAUCGACAUUACAGAGACUGGGACGCUGAACGUCGCUAUGAGCGAACUGUCCACCACCCCAGGGAGUGCAACCGCGACAGGUCCUCUCACCAUUACUCGCGCCAUCGAUCCAGAGAGGAUCGGGACUGUGAGCGGAGGGGGAACGGUCACUCCCACCGCGAAGAGUCUCGUAGUCGCUGGAGGUGGCAGCAGGAGAGUCGAGAAUCCCGGGUAACGAAGGAGAAGAGCAACGGCAGGGAGAGGAACUCUUACCCUUCAAAAGAGGAGACUUCCUUUCCUGCCACAGUGUCAGAAACAUCGGCAAAGUACAAAGACUCGCCGCCUCUGCCUCCUCUCUCCAUGUCGAGAGCAGCUCCAAACACAGACGAUCAAAAUCACAGGAGGGCUGCUGAUAAUCUGAGCAAGGAGAGAGACGACAGCCCUGAGGCCUUUCACUCUAAAAAACACAAAAAGAGCAAGAAGAAAAAGAAGUCAAAGGACAAAGACAGACACAGAGAGAGCGGAAAUUCUGACGUGGAUUCAGACAGAAUGGCUGAAAUAAAAAGGAAGAAGAAGAAAAUCAGGCGGCAGCGGGAUGACGAGUCCAAGCAGCACAGCCCAGCCCAGAGGAACAAGAACAGAAGCAGCGAGGAACGUGAAAGCCGCCAGCGGAGUAACUGUGACACCGAGGACGCUACAGACAUCUACGGUUCUCCACCAGAAAAACACCGGCGCACAGACUACGCUGAUCCUCGCAUUGACCAUCUAUCCCCCUCCCAGCCCAUUUCAGCCACCAAUGGUUCAACUCACCACCAUCUCAAUGGACACACAGGAAACGGUUACAGUCGAACCAAUGGCAACUCCCACUGAUUCUCCAGUGGCAUCAAACACUGACUCUGCACAUCAACAACAUUUUAACAGCAGAGGAAUGAAAUCAACGACCUAAUGACAUGGUGCUUCUUCUUCGUUGGGAGUAAAUUGUAUUUUUACCAAAAUUUAAGUGUUUUAAAAUAUUCCGAAAAUCUUUUUUUAAGGCGUUAAUUAUUUGCCGUAAUUCUCUUUAACUAUGGGUAAAAAAAAUAACGGUCACCUUGUUGAACAUUUAUGAUGAAAAUAUUAAUAUAUACUCGUAUGAACACAAACAAAGCCUGGAGCUUAAAACAUCUCAACUGCUGCUCAGUGGAACUCAGGACUCGAAAAACUUGUCGAACAUCCCAUUACGGAUUAUCCACCCGCUUCAAAUAAGAAUUAAACAAAAGGGAAGUUGGCUAAGAGUCAAACUGUCAAGGCAUCAUGUUGACUGAAAGUUCAAGAUGUCACUAUAUCUACAGAGCUUCUGAGGUUUUACAUCCAUCCCACUGGGAGCGGAUAAACUGCAGGAGGGAGAUUUUCACGAACGAAGCGGACAAGCUCAGUGGUGGGAACAAGGCUUCGCUGACUGGUACCUCCACUUUAACCCUGGACAGACUUGAGGACAUUUCCCUGCGUACGUUUUUCUCCUUUUUUUAUUUUACCGUUUCCAUUUUUGCUCUGAAGCCUAAGAUUCACUCUGUAAUUUUGUACCUUUUUUCACAAGAGGAGGAGUUUUGUCUCGCCUACAUCACAACUCUCUCACUCGCUCUUUUUUUAAAUGUUCAGAAAGAAAGCAUCAAACAUUUAUCAUCGCUGUGGACCAUGUGUGUUUGCUUUUUAUGAAAAAUAAAGUUUGUGUCUUCUAGCAUCAUAAAAUAAUACUGUGAAUCAAAUUUUGAACUGUACUAUCAGUUAUUUUAUAUGCACAAAAAGAUCCUGUAUCAGGAUUAGCAGUAGAUGUUUUGUUUUGUUUUUGUUUUUAGAACAACACUUGUUCAUUUUGACCAUGUUCUUUGGAGUAUGGAUUGAUUUUUGUUUUGUUUUGUUAUGUUGUGUUUUUCAAUUUUGGACAGACGUUUGAAAAACUGCUGUUAUACCUUUUUAUUUUAGCAUGUCAGAAUUUAUACAUUGUAUAAGGUAAAAGCCUUAAAAUACAUUUGUUCAUGUCUGCAAUUGUAAUUUGUUCUUGGUCUUUGACGUUUACAAGCUGCAUUGAAAUGAAUGAUACAUCUUUAGUGAGAAGAGUUGCCAGGGUGUUUUAGAAAGCUCUUGUAUCACACAGAAUAGACUGAUUGUAUUCAGCUUCUUGAAGGGCAAACGGUCGAAUCAGGAUGUAUUAGCGAGGACUGAAAGUGGUGGCGCUCUUUAUUCAGAUGUUGUUGAACACACACUUUUCUAGCUGUUCGAGAAGCAAAGACCUUUGCUCGGGUGUAAAAUACCAAAGAGUCAAGCUCUUCUCACUGAAUUCACACAGACACUGUUCACUGAUCAGCAUGUGUUUUAAUACAAAGUCUUCACAUGAGCGGUUUACCCAAGAUCAAACCGGGGAACCUGCACCAAAACAAUGUGGGUCGGUUUGAUGGACCUUGGGAUUCCAGUCGGCAUUCACGUUCUGCACGUUUUUGUUUUUUUUUAACUUACCAUGUCCUGUGAGUAUGUUUUUUUUCUCCCAUCUUAUUUCAAGAGUGUCAUCUUUGACACCAGGACCCAUUGAUUUCAUUUUCAGAUUUUGUAAUGCUCUGUCAAAACCAUGCGCUCACAAUCAAAUAGCUCCCUGCUUGUGCUUGGAUGUUAUUGUGCAACAAGUCUAUUUCUAGUCCACUUCCCUAACCAAUAGAAUGCCAGGUGUAGUUACUACGAGUCAAAUGGUCCCGCCCUUCAUUGAGAAUGAAUCCAGCAGAUCUCUGGUCAACAUGGAGCGGAAAAAUCAAGGAUGUCAAGUUCUUUUUAUGUUCUCUAAACAGUGACUAGCAACUAUAAAAAAAGGGAAUGUUUGAGUACAAGUGCAGGGUUUUGAAUGAGUGCAUUACAAAAUCUGAGAAAUAGGCCCAGCUCACAAACUGAAAGAACACACUCUUGAAUAAAGAUAGGGGGUAAAAACACCAUUAGGUCUCUCUCUGUAAUGUGAGUUUUUCUCAUGAAUCAUCACAUUUUCUGAUCCCUUCAGUAAAAACACAGUGUGAGGAGACUUCACUGCUCCGCACAAGGUGCCACUUCCACUACUAUAAACUGUUGAACUAAAAGGUGAACGGGUACAGGCUAUGGCUGUUAUGACUGACAUGCUACAUAAAUACAUCAAAGAAAGAAAAUAAACCGGUAUGUACAUUAUAUAUUAUACAUGCAUAAUGGAAUGAGUCUGGGGCUGCCUCUUUUGUUAAAAACAAUAAGCAAAUAAAUACAA